AUGCUAGUGUUUAUGAAUGUGCGUUGUCAUGAGCGGGGAACAAAACAAACGGCGUUUUCUUCCAAGUUACUGUUUGAGCUCUUAUUCUCCGACAUGGCGGAGCGAAUCCAUCCUGCCGAUUCACCGCCUGAGAGCCUCGCCUCGGACCAGUUUUCCGGCCAAUUCAGCUCCGGCGAAUUCCCGAGAAAACCUACUCCUCCCCCGGGAACUUUCGUUAUACAAGUCCCCAAGGAUCAGAUCUACCGCGUUCCACCGCCGGAGAACGCUCAUCGCCUCCAAUAUCUCUCCCGGAAGAAACCGAAUCGCAGUCGCUGCCGCUGCUGUUUCUGCUCCUUCGUCGCUGGAAUUCUCAUUCUCACCGUCGUCGCCGGGAUCUCCGCCUCCGUACUCUACCUCGUCUACCGUCCCGAAAUGCCGCGGUAUUCCGUCGAAGGGAUCUCGAUCUCAGGCUUCAACGUGACGUCACCGUCCCCGAUCUCGCCGAGAUUUGACGUUACCUUCAGAUCACAAAACGGUAACGGAAAAAUCGGGAUUUACUACGAGAAAGGAAGCUCCGUCGACGUUUACUACAACGAUCUCGAUCUCUGUAACGGAAAGUUACCGGCGUUUUACCAACCGGCGAAAAACGUGACGGUGUUUAAGACGGCGGUAACGGGAGAGAAGAUACAGCUGAUGAGGUCUAUGCGGAAGGAAAUGAUAGACUGGCAGGGCAAGAAAACGGUGCCGUUUAAACUGAGUAUCAGAGUUCCUGUGGGGAUUGAAGUGGGUUCCGUUAAGUUGGGAACGGUCAACGUUAAAGUAAACUGUGAUUUAACGGUGGAUAAUCUGACAAGAAAGUCGAGGAUUGUGUCGACGAAGUGCAGUCACGACGUGGGUCUUUGGCGAUAAAAAAUACUUUUGUGUUUUCUUUUCUUUAAAGAAAAGAAAAGAAAAGACAUAGUACAAUGGCUGUUUGGUUGCAGUUUUUACGGUAUUAUUGGGUUUUGUUCUUGACAUUUUUUGUUAUUGAGAACAAUAUGAACUUGCGAAUGAAAGUCAAAUCCAUUAUAUAUA